GGGUGUUUAUGUCGGGUCGCGGUGUCUCCUGGCAGCAUGGCGGACUACCUGAUCAGCGGCGGCACCGGUUACGUGCCCGAGGAUGGGCUCACUGCGCAGCAGCUGUUCGCCAACGCCGACGGCCUCACUUACAACGACUUCCUGAUUCUCCCAGGAUUCAUAGACUUCACAGCUGAUGAGGUGGACCUGACUUCAGCCCUGACUCGAAAGAUCACACUAAAGACGCCACUCAUCUCAUCCCCCAUGGACACUGUGACAGAGGCUGACAUGGCCAUCGCGAUGGCUCUGAUGGGCGGUAUCGGUUUCAUUCACCACAACUGCACUCCAGAGUUCCAGGCCAAUGAAGUGCGGAAGGUCAAGAAGUUUGAACAGGGCUUCAUCACAGACCCGGUGGUGCUAAGCCCCUCGAACACUGUGGGCGACGUGCUGGAGGCCAAGAUCCGGCAUGGCUUCUCAGGCAUCCCCAUCACUGAGACGGGCACCAUGGGCAGCAAACUGGUGGGCAUCGUCACCUCCCGAGACAUUGACUUCCUUGCCGAGAAGGACCACACCACCCUUCUCAGUGAGGUGAUGACCCCGCGGAAUGAGCUGGUGGUGGCUCCAGCGGGUGUGACAUUGAAAGAGGCAAAUGAGAUUCUGCAGCGCAGCAAGAAAGGGAAGCUGCCCAUUGUCAAUGAUCGAGACGAGUUAGUGGCCAUCAUUGCCCGCACUGACCUGAAGAAGAACCGGGACUACCCCCUGGCUUCCAAGGAUUCCCACAAGCAGCUGCUGUGCGGGGCGGCUGUGGGCACCCGUGAGGAUGACAAAUACCGCCUGGACCUGCUCACCCAGGCGGGCGCCGAUGUCAUAGUGCUGGACUCAUCCCAAGGGAACUCUGUGUAUCAGAUUGCCAUGGUACACUACAUUAAGCAGAAGUACCCACACCUCCAGGUGAUUGGGGGGAAUGUGGUGACAGCCGCUCAGGCCAAGAACCUGAUUGACGCUGGUGUGGACGGGCUGCGUGUGGGCAUGGGCUGCGGCUCCAUCUGCAUCACCCAGGAAGUGAUGGCCUGUGGUCGGCCCCAGGGCACUGCCGUGUACAAGGUGGCUGAGUACGCCCGGCGCUUCGGGGUCCCAGUCAUAGCCGACGGCGGCAUCCAGACUGUGGGGCACGUGGUCAAGGCGCUGGCCCUCGGAGCCUCCACAGUGAUGAUGGGCUCCCUGCUUGCGGCCACCACGGAGGCCCCCGGCGAAUACUUCUUCUCGGAUGGUGUGAGGCUCAAGAAGUACCGCGGCAUGGGCUCGCUGGACGCCAUGGAGAAGAGCAGCAGCAGCCAGAAACGCUACUUCAGCGAGGGAGACAAGGUGAAGAUCGCGCAGGGCGUCUCGGGCUCCAUCCAGGACAAAGGCUCCAUUCAGAAGUUUGUGCCCUACCUCAUAGCGGGCAUCCAGCACGGCUGCCAGGACAUCGGGGCCCGGAGCCUGUCUGUCCUGCGGUCCAUGAUGUACUCAGGAGAGCUCAAGUUUGAGAAGCGGACCAUGUCGGCCCAGAUCGAGGGCGGCGUCCACGGCCUGCACUCUUACGAGAAGCGGCUGUACUGAGGAUGGUGCCGGCGGCCGAGUUGGUGGAGGAGGCAUGCCCCAGGGCCCCGCUUUGGGCGCAGCCUCCCUCCGUAACUGAGCAGUCCACAGACUUGCACUGCUGGUUCCCCAGCUCCUUUUCCAGGGGGAGAGGCAGGGGUGGGCCCUGAGUGUCCACGGCCCUUCCUUGGGCCUCCCCCUGCCCCCCACUUCCCCCCCAGCCCCAUCCACCCCCGCAGAGUCAGGACUGCUCCCGGGCUAGCUUGCCCUGGGAGUCCUCCCAGGUUCCCUGUUCUUCAGCGCCCCCUGAGCCCAGCCAGCCUGGACUCUCAGGCCCUGCGCCUGCCUCAGGUCUUUCUCGCUGCAGCCUGCUCCGGCCCGGCUCCCACCCCUGGGAUCAGUGGCCCCUCCUGGCUUCUCCCGUAGGGCACCCCCCCACCCCAAAAAUGGUGCUCUCUUGGCCUGCCUCCGGCCCCUUCCCAGGCUGCUGCGCCCUCAGCCGUGGGGCACUACUGGGCUCCUGACCUAGGCCGGAGGGAGGUCUCUACCCCCUACCCCUUGCUGGGACUCCCCAGCCCUGCUCCUCAGGCUGCCCGUCCCUGGCCCUGGGGAGGAGGCUGCCCACCAUUCCUGACUGGCCCCCAUCCCCGGGUGUACCGUCCCUGCCCUGUCUUCUCAGCUGCAGUCGAAGGCUUUAACUUUGCACACUUUGGGGGCCACAGUUGCGUCAUUGUAUGUUAAAAUAAUCUGAAUAAAUCAAGA